AUGGACGAGGCAGCAGGCCCCGCUGCUGGUGGGCACGAGUCGAUGGAAGAGGACGGGGGAGGGGGGAAGCCGCAGCGCCUCCCCUCCAGCAACAGCAGCAGCAGCAGCAGCAGCAGCAGCAGCAGCAGCUGCUGCUACAAGCUCGUGGGCCACGAGGGAAGGGUCUUGGCCCUCACAUUUGCUGAAGCUGAAGACCGCUGCCUUUUGACUGGGGGCAGCGACGCAGUUAUUCGUUUGUGGCCCACUCCUUAUUCUCAGGAGCUGCAGCAGCUGCAGCAGCAGCAGCAGCAGCAGCAGCAAGGCGCUGCAGCCUCAGACAGCGACGAGGGCGAAGACGAUGAGCCCGAAGCAACCCGCAAGAAGAGGCAGCAGCAGCAGCAGCAGCAAAUGCUGCCCCUCUGCCAGUACAGAGGGGCCACUGCACCCAUCUGGAGCCUAGCAGCAAGCCCCCUGGGGCACUACUUUGCUUCUGGGGGCGGGGACAAUGUGGCGCGGCUCUGGUGCACUUCUCGUUCUUUCCCGCUGCGGCUGCUGCAGCACCCCGGGGGUGCCACAGAUGUGCCCAAGGUGUACAUACACCCCAAUUCUUCUUUGCUGCUGACGGGGGCUUCUGACGGAGUUGUGCGGCUUUUCGAUUUGCGAGCAGCAGAUGCAGUGAGAAGCUGGACGCCGCCGAGGCCUGCUGCUGCUGCUGCUGCUGCUGCUGCUGCUGCAGGGGACGGCGGGCUCGGCAGCGCAGCAGCAGCAACGCCUGCUGCUGCAGCAGCAAGAAACGGCUCAGACGCCGCGCUGCGGUGGCCGCUAGACCCGAGGUGGCUUAGUGCUGCUGGGAGAGCAGCACUCGGCAGCAGCAGCAGCAGCAGCUGCAGCAGCAGCAGCAAGGAGGUGACGGCGCUCACCGCGUCGCCCAACGGAAGGCUUGUUGCAGCAGCAGAUGAAACAGGCAACGUGUGCGUUUGGGACAUCCCUUCUGGCAAUCUGUUGUCGAUGGGGUCGGCGUCUCUUCCUGCUGCUCAUGCUGCUGCUGCUGCUGCCUUUGCUGCUGAGGGCCGCUGCAGCGCAGCAGCAGCAGCAGCAGCAGCAGCAACCUACGCGAAGUCCCUCUCCUUCUGCUACAACUCCUCCCUCCUUGCCGGAGCCACAGGAGACGGGCGCGUGCUCCUCUGGGACACAACAGCAGGUGAGCAGCAGCAGCAGCAGCAGCAGCAGCAGCAGCAGCAGUAG